AUAUCCAUCAUAUAAAGAAAGAGAAACAUAGCUAGAAUAAAGGAAUCUAUUAAUUACAAGCUUUACUAAUUUACUCUCCCAUGGCGGACGAUUUCCAUGUUGGAAGUGGCAACAACUGGUGGGACACCUCAAGAAACUCAUCUUCUUCCUCAGUCACUGCAUCAGUCGGCCUUGGAUGGACAACCUCAUCAGAACCCAGAUCUUCCGCCAUGGAUUCCGACGCCCCUUCCAUCUCCGGCAACUCUAAUUUGCUUUUUCACCAAAAAAUUCAAGACCCUAAUUCUAAUCCCGACUUACAAAUCAUGGGUUUAGGUCUCAAUUCUCAUCAGACCAUCGAUUGGAAUCCAAAUUUAAUAGGUGAAAAACCAGAAAUCAGCAGUUUCCGAUCUAGUAUGCUUCAAGAACAGUGGAGACAACCCAUCGCCGCCGCCGCCGCCGCCGGAAGCUCGGAUAAUUCAACCGGAAACAUCUUUAAGCAAAGUAAUCGUGGGUUUUCUUUAGACAAUCAACAUGAAUUUAACUCAUCUGGAUCAACUGAAGCUACUGAAAGUUAUAAUUCAGAUCCUAUGAUUGGUUAUGGAAGUCCAUCGGCUAUAUUAUUGCAAGGACUUUUAGCGUCGGAUCAAGAUAAUCGUAAUUACGCGUUUCCGACGAACUACGGCAUGAAUUCAAACGAUACAUGGAAUAAAUUUCCUCAUCAAUAUAUGAAUUCGCCAUUGACGUCGUCGUCGAAUGAUCAGUCUCAACAGUUCACUAACAGUGUUCCAUUUUGGAAUUCAUCUGGAGUGACUAAUGAUGUCGACGUACGACCGGGAUUUUUUCAGCCUACUCCGUCGCCGGCGACGUUUACUCCUCCGGUGACAUUUGAAGAAAAACCUAAGCAGAUGAAUACAUUGGAGGGUCGAGAUUUAGGAACAAUGGGAAAGAAAAACAAUAACAACAUUACGAUAGAGCCAUCAAACAAGAGGGCCCGAAGCGAGGUCACACCGUCUCCUUUGCCAGCUUUUAAGGUGAGGAAAGAGAAGAUGGGGGACAGAAUCACCGCCCUCCAACAACUGGUUUCCCCUUUUGGAAAGACUGAUACGGCCUCAGUGUUAUCUGAAGCCAUUGAAUCCAUCAAGUUACUCCAUGAACAAGUUGGUGUUUUAAGCAGCCCAUACAUGAAAAAUGGAACUUCCAUGCAGCAAAAACAACAAAAUCGUAUGGAGAAAUCGAAAGAGGCGGCGGUGGAUGGUGGCGGUGGCGGUGGCGGAAAGCAAGAUCUGAGAAGCCGGGGGCUUUGUUUGGUUCCGGUUUCAAGCACAUUCCCAGUCACCCAUGAGCCAACCGUGGAUUACUGGAACCCUACUUUUGGAGGAAACUUUAGAUAAUUAAUAAUUAUUAAUAAUAAUAAUAAUAACACAUAUAUAUAAAUGUAACUUAGAAGGUAAAUAUAUGUUAAGUUACUACUAAUUAUAAGUUCACAACAGGUAAACUAAAGAGAAAAUAAUUUAAUUA